GUAGGCCCAGCCCGGUGCGUCGCGCAGGAUGUGACGUCAUCAACUCGCGCCACAAACGGGCGUUACCGCGUCGCCGUUACCGGUCCUGACGGCGGCGGGGGGGAUCGGGGGGGGCGAUGGCGCCGGUGGCGCCGCGGCUGCAGUUGGAGAAGGCGGCCUGGCGCUGGACUGAGACGGUGCCGCCCGAGGCGGUGUCGCAGGAGCACGUCGAAGCGGCCUACCGCGUCAGGCUGGAGCCCUGCCAGCGCGGCGCCUGCCGGAGGAACUGCCGGGGGAACCCCAACUGCCUGGUGGGCAUCGGAGAGCACGUCUGGCUGGGCGAAAUUGACGAGAACAGCUUCCACAACAUCGAUGAUCCCAACUGCGAGCGCCGCAAGGAGGAUGCAUUUGUGGGCUUAAAGAACCUCGGCGCCACGUGCUACGUGAACACUUUCUUGCAGAUGUGGUUUCUUAAUCUGGAGUUCCGGCAAGCCCUCUACUUGUGUUCCAGCAAUGAGCAUACAGUCAGAAAGAGCAUCCCCAAAGACGAAGACUACGAGCCUCAGACCAUCUGUGAGCAUCUUCAGUACUUGUUUGCCUUGCUGCAGAACAGCAGAAGGCGAUACAUCGAUCCCUCUGGGUUUGUCAAAGCGCUGGGCUUGGAUACAGGCCAGCAGCAGGAUGCCCAGGAAUUUUCCAAGCUGUUCAUGUCACUGCUGGAAGAUACUUUAUCCAAACAAAAAAAUCCAGAUGUUCAAAACAUUGUUCAGAAACAGUUUUGUGGGGAGUACGUCUACGUCACAGUCUGCAACCAGUGUGGCAGGGAAUCCAAACUCGUGUCUAAGUUUUACGAGCUGGAGUUAAACAUCCAAGGGCACAAGCAGCUGACAGACUGCAUAACAGAGUUUCUUAAGGAAGAAAAAUUAGAAGGGGACAAUCGUUAUUUUUGUGAAACGUGUCAGAGUAAGCAGAAUGCCACAAGGAAGAUCAGGCUGCUAAGUCUUCCAUGCACACUCAACCUGCAGCUGAUGCGUUUCGUGUUUGACAGACAAACUGGCCAUAAGAAAAAGCUGAACACCUACAUUGGCUUCUCUGAGCUGCUCGACAUGAAGCCUUUUAUGGAACAAAAAAAUGGUGCUUAUGUAUACAAACUGAGUGCUGUUCUCAUACACCGAGGUGUGAGUGCAUACUCAGGGCACUACAUCGCCCACGUGAAGGACCCACAGACAGGAGAGUGGUACAAAUUCAACGACGAAGACACUGAGAAGAUGGAGGGCAAGAAACUGCAGCUGGGGAUUGAGGAAGAUCUAGCAGAGCCUUCAAAAUCUCAGACCCGUAAACCUAAAUGUGGGAAAGGGACGCACUGCUCGUGCAACGCUUACAUGCUGGUGUACAGGCAGCAGAUCUGGGAGAAUUCACUGACGGUGGAAGUGCCAGCUUUCCUGCAGGAGCUGGUGGAACGUGACAACUGCAAGUUUGAGGAGUGGUGCAACGAAAUGGCCGAGAUGCGCAAACAGAGCGUGGCCAGGGGCAAAAUCAAGCACGAAGAGGUGAAGGAGCUCUACCAAAGGUUACCUGCUGAAGCUGGUUCCCCGUACGACUUCAUCUCUCUGGAAUGGCUGCAGAAGUGGCUGGAUAAGUCCACCCCUCCCAAACCUAUAGACAACACCGCCUGCCUGUGCUCGCACGGGAAGCUGCAUCCUGACAAGAUAUGCAUCAUGAAGAGGAUAUCUGAGUACGUGGCUGACUUCUUCUAUAGGAGAUACGGCGGGGGACCCAGGCUGAACGUCAAAGCACUUUGCAAGGACUGUGUGGUAGAAAGGUGUCGAAUCCUGCGUCUGAAAAAUCAGCUAAAUGAAGACUACAAAACAGUCACCAACUUGCUGAAGAUAACAGUCAAGGGGAGCGAUGGGUUUUGGGUUGGAAAGGCGUCCUUGCGGAGCUGGCGUCAGUUGGCUCUGGAGCAAUUAAAUGAGCAAGACGAAGACGCAGAGCACAGCAAUGGAAAGCUGAAUGGAAAUGCACCAAACAAAGAUGGAGCAAAUGAGGAGAAGAGAGAGGAGGAAGAAGAGUUAAAUUUUAAUGAAGACAUUGUUUGCCCACAUGGUGACCUGUGCAUAUCCGAGAACGAGAGGAGGGUGGUGUCGAAGGAAGCCUGGAAGAAGCUCAAGCAAUAUUUCCCAAAGGCCCCUGAGUUCCCAAAUAACAAAGAGUGCUGUUCCCAAUGCAAGAUUUUGGAGCGCGAAGGAGAAGAAAAUAAAGCACUGCACAAGAUGAUGGCCAGUGAGCAGAAGACGUCCCUCCAGAACUUGUUCCACGACAAAUGCCGGCCUUGCCUGGGCAGCUGGCCGCAGGAGACAGACGAGCUGUAUAUUGUUUCACAGUUCUUCGUAGAAGAAUGGAGGAAAUUUGUCAGGAGGCCGACGCGGUGCAGCCCCGUUUCCUCGCUGGGGAACAGUGCUCUGCUCUGCCCCCACGGGGGCCUCAUGUUCAGCUAUGCUUCCAUGACCAAAGAAGACUCCAAGCUUAUAGCUCUAAUAUGGCCCAGCGAGUGGGAGAGGAUUCAAAAGCUCUUUGUGGUGGAUCACGUCAUCAAAAUCACCCGCACACAAGUAGCCGGGGAGCCCGAGAGCGCGCUGUACAGCUCCGAGCCCCAACUGUGUCCAGAGUGCAGAGAAGGGCUGUUGUGCCAGCAGCAGCGGGACUUACGCGAGUACACCCAAGCGACCAUCUACAUCCAUAAAGUGGUGGAUAAUAAAAAGGUAAUGAAGGAUGCUGCUCCGGAGCUGAACGUGAGCAGCUCAGAAGCUGAAGAGGAAAGGGAGGAAAACAAGCCAGAGGGGGAGCAAGACCCAGAUUUUAACCAGAGCAACGGUGGUGCGAAGCGCCAGAAGCUUUCACACCAGAGCCACGUCUCCUACCAAAAGCAGGGCAUCCGGCGGAGCACCCGGCACCGGAAGGUCAGGGGGGAGAAAGCACUGCUCGUUUCUGCUAACCAAACAUUGAAAGAGCUGAAAAUACAGAUCAUGCAUGCAUUUUCAGUUGCUCCCUUCGACCAGAACUUGUCCAUCAAUGGGAAGAUCCUGAGCGACGACACAGCGACGCUCGGCAGCCUGGGCGUCAUCCCCGAGUCCGUCAUCCUGCUCAAGGCUGAUGAGCCAAUUGCGGAUUAUGAGGCGAUGGACGAUGUGAUGCAAGUUUGUACGCCUGAAGAAGGAUUUAAAGGGACUGGCUUACUUGGACACUGAUGGCUUUACAAGCACUGGCAGACCAGAAGAGAAGAGGAUUUGACAUGGUAGGGCAUUUAGAGAGAAGGUGGAUACGGGACUGAACUCUUGACUCUUCCAGAAGGCAGAAUCCCAUUCUGAAAUGACUGCCCCCAAAAUGCCUUAUGUCAAAGCAGAUUGCACUGAAGGACAUCCUGACUUCAAGAGAACGUUCCCCAUUUUAUAUUUAAUAAAGCAACAGUAGGGUUGGAAAGUGUAGCAGCAGAGGCAGCGUGUGCCAGGUUCAGGCAGAUGUUUGCAGGGGAGGCGGGGGCCUCGUCUGUCCCAGAGGAGUUGUGAUGCGGUCGAUCAAAACCAGCUCCAUCCAUUCUCCGGUAACUCUUGAGGCAUAACCUGCUUCCAGAUAAUCCCCUCUUUGAUCCGCUAUUCCUCUUUCAGUACAGCAUGAAAGUAAAGAAAUUGUUCGUUGUGAGGAAUGUCUUCAUCCAUUUCCCUGCAGUGUGAGCCCUGCGCUCCCAGGGCCGGGCUGCCCACACCGCACCGCUCGCCUUCGCAGCUUCACUUCCAGGCGCGACCGCUCCGAGUAACCACACGGUCUCUCUCUCUGUGAACUGUGUUUUUAGAAACGUGGGCUGUUUUAAUGACUUUUGAUAACAUCUUUCUCUGGUUCGUUACUGCCGGGAGCCCUCUGCCCCUCGCUUCGGACCCAUCAGGGCUGCGGGGCCCUGGCGAGAGGUUUUCCCUCUGUUCUUGUUUUCAGGGAUGCACUAAUUAAUUUGUUUACAUCUCCAGCUCCCAGAAAGGAUCUCUCCCUCUCCCCAGUUGCGUGUUUGUAGCAGGAGCUAGUGUUACCACUUCCAGACCUGAGGAAAGAAAAAGAAAAAGGGGGGGCGCUGUUGAGGUAUCUUCAUAAUAAAGUUAGACAUCUCUCGUUCUGUCAGAGGUUUGUGGCUGCUGCUCUGGGCACCCUGCUCUCCCCUGGGCCUGCAGCCUUCCUGGCUGUUGGCACCCACUGCUUUCCUUGAGUGCAGCCCACGUGCUCCCAUGCCCUGGGCCAGGCGAUGCUUGGCAGCCCUUCCCUAGCAGAUGCAGUGCUGGCCCGUGCUGUGGGACACAGCUGCCCACAUCCCUGCAUGCCUCCAGCCUGGGCAGCUGUGGGGCUGAGCCCUUGGUGCUCCUGUGCUGGCACUGGGCCCUAUGAGUGCUCCCUGGGUGCAGCAGCUUGGUGUCAGCCCCUGGCACCUGGCAUGCAGCAGUCUGUGCCAGCGUUUCCCCAAGUCACCGCCUCCCUCCUGCAGCCCAGGUCGUGGCUCUGGGGGAUGCUGAGGGGUCCUGGGGGCACCCAUGGC